AUGGAGAAACUAGACUAUCCCGAAGGACCCACGGCUCUGAGUAAGGCAUUAAAUGCUCCAGAUAUUUUACUGAUGGGUCCUGGCCCCACAAAUUGCCCCGAAAGGGUUCUGAGAUGUAUGUCUUUGCCAAAUUUAGCACCCUUGGAUCCUGCCUUAUGCCAAAUUAUGGACGAAAUCAAAGAUGGUCUUCGUUAUCUAUUCCAAACAAAGAAUGAAUUGACGCUCGUAGUAAGCGCAAGCGGGCACGGAGGCAUGGAUGCUGUUAUCAGUAACCUGAUAGAACCAGGCGAAGUUGCUCUGGUGGACACCAGCGGAUUCUGGGGAUUCAGAGCCGCCGAUAUGUCUAAGAGAUACGGAGCAACGGUGUACGAGAUUCAAGCGCCCUUGGGCACACAUCUAACUGCCGCAGAAUUAGAGGAUGCUUUAAAAAAAUAUCGCCCAAAAGUAUUUUUUACGACACACGGAGAUUCUUCUACGGGGGUUGUAUUUAACCUUGAUGGCAUCGGCGACCUAUGCCACAAAUAUGAUUGCCUCAUAGCCGUAGACACGGUAGCCUCCUUGGGCGGAGCACCCUUAUUCACAGAUCGAUGGGCCCUCGACGCCGUUUAUUCAGGCUCUCAAAAAGUAUUAGCCUCGCCAGCAGGUUUAGCACCUAUAACAUUCAGUCCGAAGGCUCAAACAAAAAUAUUGUCUCGCAAAACUCCAUGUCCGGUGUACUAUUGGGAUAUGAGCAUGCUGGGUGAUUACUGGGCAUGUUAUGGACGACCUAGAAUUUAUCAUCAUACCGCUUGCUCCAACCUCCUGUAUGCCUUGCGAGAAUCCUUGGCAAUUGUUAUUGAAGAAGGUCUACCUCAAAUGUGGGCUCGUCAUAAAAAAGUUUCCCAAAAACUGCAACACGGUUUGGAAGAAUUAGGCUUCAAAUUGGUAGUGCAGAAUCCAGAGCAAAGACUUCCCAACGUGACCACUCUUUGGAUACCAGAAGGUGUAAAUUGGAUAAAAGCCUGUGAUUGGAUUAUGGAAAGGUAUAAUAUAGAGAUCAGAGGUGGAUUAGGACGUACAAUGGGUAAAGUAUUUCGAAUAGGUUUACUGGGUCCAAACGCAUAUGAAGAAAAUGUAGAUAAAGUUCUUCAAGUAUUUCCACAAGGUGUGAAAAACGGCAUGUCCGAGAAUGGUUCGAAGUAG